AUGGCUAGUGGAGAACAAUACCAAGUCUUUUAUUUAACUGGUGAAAUUAAUGAGUUUGUACAAAUAUGUAUUAGUUCUAUGGAUGGAGAUAUUGAUUAUGCAAAAAUUGGAAUGCCUGAAUUUCCAAAAACUAAACCAAAUCAAGUAUGGAUUGGUGCAACAUUGAUAAGUGGUGGUGUUCCUAUUGCAAUAGAAGAAGAACGAACACCAACAAGAGAUUAUAUUUCUAAAGCUGAAUGGAAUGAUCGUAUAAUAUUUCCUAUUCAAUAUAAAGAUCUAAGUGAAGAUGCAGUUGUAGUAUUUCGUGUGUAUUGCUAUCAUGUUGAAAAAGGGUAUGUUCCAGUUGGAGAUGCUGUGUUACCAUUAUUUAGUUCUGAUAAAGGAAAUGUUUUAAGAAAAGGAACUAAACGUGUAAAAGUAGAACCUUGUAAAAAAAGUAAUUGCAGUAUUUCUUUGGAUGUAGAAGAAUAUGAAAGACAACGUCUUCAAAGACUAAUUCUUGAUGAAAAAGAAGAACGAAUUAGUACUAAAAAAAAUGCAUUAGAACGUGCUGAGAAAUAUCAAACAAAAAUGAUGAGUGGUACUGGUACAACAGAUUUUCUAGAUCAAUUCACUGCAUCUAUUGUUCCUGCUUUUCGACAAGAAGAAGAAAAAAGAACUGGAAGUCUUAUUUAUAUAUCAGUUAUUCUUCCAGAAUUUGAUCAUCCAGUUAAAAUACAACGAAAUGAAAAGAUACCAUCUGAAUUACCAACUGGACUAACUCAAGGAAGAACUACUGAAGAUGGUCCAGUGACAGAAUUGAAUUUUAUUGGUCAGAGUAAUGAAAUGGCAGGAGAAAAAAUGUAUAUGAAAUUAACUGCUUCUCUUGACGCUAAAGGUAUGGGAGAUAAUAAACCAGUUAGUAUAAUGGAAUAUAAAAAAUUGGAAGCUAUUAGUAGAAUGCCUGCUUCUGUUACUGUAUUAAAUGCUGAACAAAAGGCUUUAUUAAGAAGAUAUGGUAGAUAUUUAGCUGCAACAAAUCCUAAAGCUCUUAAUAUUUUCUUAACACAAGCUAUUGAUUGGGAAGAUCCUCAUGAAGCUGCAGAGGCAAUUGAAUUUGUAAAAAUAUGGCAAAAGAUUGAUGUAGAAGAUGCAUUAGGAUUAUUAUCUAUUAAUGACAGUAAUGUUAGGUCAUAUGCAGUAGAUUCAUUAAAAAGUACUACAGAUGAAGAGUUUGAGAAUUAUUUAUUUUCUUUUGUUCAAGCAUUAAGACUAGAAAGUCAAGAAAAACCAGGUAAACGAUAUCUUACUGAUUAUCUGAUUGAACGAUGUAGAGAAAAUUUUGUACUUGGAAAUUGGUUUUAUUGGUAUCUUACUGUAGAAUGUGGUUGUACCAAUGGAGAUAUAACUUUCUAUAAAUGGGUUCGAGAUAUGUUUGGGUACAAAAGAAAUCCUGAACAUAAAAAAGAAACAGAAAAACAAAUAAAACUUAUUUCAGAAAUUACAAAACUACAACUCCAAUUUAUUGCCAGUCCAUUAAGUCGUCCUGAAAAAUUAGAACAAUUAAAACAAUGGAUUGAAUCACCAUUAGUUAAAGAAAUAUUUGCUGAUGGUUCAAUUGCUUUACCAUUAAACCCACGCGUAUAUGUAAAAGGUAUCAAUCCCAAAUCAUCUUAUAUAUUUAAAUCAAACAAAGCACCAUUAAAAUUACCAUUUAUUGUUGACACUGAAAACACUAAAACAAAAGGAAAAAUUAAUUAUGAAAAUAAAGAGUUUAUUGUGAUUGUUAAACAUGGAGAUGACCUUAGACAAGAUCAAUUAAUUGUUCAGAUGAUUGCGUUAAUGGAUAAUUUAUUGAAGAAAGACCUUAUGGACUUAAAACUAACACCUUAUCAUGUAGUUGCAACAUCACCAGUUGAUGGAAUGGUAGAGUUUAUACCAUCAGAUGGAAUGGGAGAUAUUAUUAAAGAUGGAACGUUGAGAGAUUAUUUAAUGAAAAUGAAUGGAGGUUCUAUUCCUACACAAGUAAUGAAUAAUUUUAUUAGAAGUGUUGCAGGAAAUUCAGUUAUUACUUAUCUUCUUGGAGUAGGAGAUAGACAUUUAGAUAAUCUAUUGGUAAGAGGUAAUGGAGUAAUGUUCCAUAUUGAUUUUGGAUAUAUUUUAGGAAAAGAAUGUAAACCAUUCCCACCUCCAAUGAAGUUAUGUAAAGAAAUUGUAGAGUGUAUGGGAGGGAAAGGAAGUACUCAAUAUCAAGACUUUACAAAAUUAUGUUGUGAGUGUUAUAAUUCAAUUCGUAAAUCAUCUAAAUUGAUUAUGAAUUUAUUCCAAUUAAUGACAGACUCCAACAUUGCUGUAUUCCAAGAAAUGGGAGUUAAAGUUAUUAUUAAAUUAAAAGAAAAAUUAAGAAUGGAUAUUUCUGAUGAACGAGCAGCAAAAAUAAUGGUAGGGUUAAUUGAAACAAGUGUGAAUGCUUUAUUCCCUGUGUUCGUAGACUCCUUCCAUGAUUUUGUUCAAUAUUGGGUUUGUUUUUAUAUACAAUUAUAUUUAAUGUAAAUUAAUACUAUAAAAUAA